CAGCUGCACGAACUCAUCGCCGCGAACGGGACACAGACAGGCUCCGUCGUCGUUUCCAUCAAAAAAUCGAAUAUGGCUGCCGUGGUGUUGAAAAAAUUCGCAACGAUCUCGAUUCUCGGUUCCAUUUGUGCGCUAAUCGGUACGAAACUGCAGCUCUAAGCCCACAGUUCAACGCGUCGCGAGUUUGUCCGUGCGGGAGUGCAAAAAUCCAGUUUCGAGCUUCGCUGCAAAACGGUGAAAAUUGGCAAUCAAUUUCGGGCCCCGGGGUCAGCCUUUUUCUCCUGCGCUGAACAACCAGAAUUCGGUAUUUUCUCGCGAUUUUCGGAUCGGACUGUUUCUGGCGUGUGAAGUUUAUUCGGAAGUUUGGGAGUUGUGUUGUUUUGUCGGUGGAAAGCUGAACCUGCAGGAAGGAAGGAACCGUGGAUAAAGAUUCGCGUGAUCGAGAAGAAGGAACAGAAUCUUGCGUGGAAGGGAGUCUCCUUGCGUGAGGAACAUAGAACGAGUCGGAUUCCAGGAGGAGCAGUGUUUGGAUUUUGCAAAUUGGAGAUUUUUUUUGGCGAAUCAUCAUCUGCCUCUACGUUCCGGUUGGCCCUGUAAGGGAAAAGGAAUCCGUCUACUCCGCGAGGGUGUGAAGAAAAUAAAGUUUGUGACCACUUUCUCAAAAAGUGCAAUCACCGCAGAAUCGCCGCGCCGUGCCACCCCUUUGUGCGAGACGACCGAUCAUCAGCGAGCGAAAGAACAGCGUGCGGUGUGCGGAAGUUUAGCGACAAUCGCCGCGCCAAUCAGGAAACCGCAUUCGCAUUAGCAGCAGCAGCACCAAGCAGACGAAAAUUUGACCACUGGUGCGGUGUCGGCGGAGAAAAAAAAAACGCACAAGAAAAAAAAUAUGCGCGAUGAACGGAAGAAAAUUCCGCUGAAGAAUAGUAGCAGCAGCAGUGUGUGCGAAGAAGAAUAACAACAUUCGUCGAAGCAAACACAACAGCAACAGAAAAAAAAACAUCGCACCCAAUCGAGAGACGGCGAGAGAGCGUGAAACGAAGUGUGCGUUCAUAUUUUGACAGUUCGCUUCAUCCUGCGUUUGCGUGUGAAUUUGUGUGCGUCGUCCGUCGUUGUCGUCUGUGAGUAAACUCUCUCGCUCUCGCUCUCCGGUGCGCUCUCAUCUCGCCAUCAUCUGUGUGCGGCGCGAUAACACAACAAACAACAACAAAAACAAAGCGAUUUCGAGUGCGACGACUGAAAAAAGAAUAGUGGCAAAAAGGAGGAAAUCCGCGAGGGUAUUGUGUGUUUCGAUUUUUUUUUUCAAUAAUCUCUGUGCGGAACGUGUGUGUUUUGGGCAGUGUUUUGUGGGGGAUUUGCGUGAUGUUUUUGCGAUAAGCUGGUGGGGGAUCGAUCGUGUGUCUUUUUUUGGAGGAGAUCGCUAAUCCAAUUUAUCGGCGGCGACUAGAGUGUGGUGCCGGUGUUUUGCAACGGUGGAUUCAGUGCACUAUUGAAACAGAUAAUCCCCAUUCUUCGCUUGCCGAGUGUCCGUGAGUGUGCAAAAGUGCAAGUGCAUCUUCGUGUGUGCGAGCGUAAUUCUUAGUGUCCGCGACCCCGCGAGUGAAUUUUCUACCCCCGACCGGUCGUUCAGAAAAUCCGCGAAAAUUCCGAAAAAUAAGAAAAAAAGUAUGGCCGAGAAUUCUGUCAGUAGUAGUAGCAGUAACAGUCUACCAUCGCCUGCAGCGUCACAACAGCAUCCAAAGACAGCAAGUCGCGGCGGCGGCGGAGGGGGAAGUGCGUUAUAUCACCACCACCAUCAUCAUAACAAAUCCUUGGACAUGACGUCGGCAUCCGGCGGCGGUGGCGGUGGCAGUGGUGCCAGCACAACGACAGUCUCCGGUAAGGGAGGUGGUAAGCACUCGAAUGUCAUUCACCGAACCACAAGCGAGAGCUUACGGUUAGGGGGUGGGCCGGGGAGUGGUGGAGGAGGGGGAGGAGGAGGAGGUGGGGGCGGAAGUGGAAAUGACAGUUCCGUUAGCAGUUCGGCUUCGCCAUCUUCAAUGAUGAACUCGUCCGGGUCGAUCAACUCGAUUUCGAGGGCGAUUGCUGCGGCCACGGCCGCUGUCACCGGGAAGACUUCCUCGUUCAUGAUUACAUCGGUGACGGUGGGAGCGCGGACCAGCGCUGACAAUGGCGAUGACUCGGCCGAUGACCUUGACGAAUCCCACACGGAUGAUAACAGCCGAAUAACGGACUUCGAGAACGAGACUCCGUCGUUCUCCGAGGAUACCUUCAGUAAGGAGGACGUGUUUUUCGCUUCGAACGCCAUUGGAAGCGUUCCGGUCAUUCCGACGAGCUCUCAGUACGGGUUAGCUAUAGUGGCACCGACGGACCGUGCUCACGGAGCAGAAGCUCUAGCGGAUGCAAUGCAUGUUAGUGUUACGGAUGCGGGAAUUAACAUAAUGGGACAUGCCAAGGACGAUGGCAAAGAUCCCCAUCACCGAAAUGAACGGUUUAAGGUGGUCAAAAUCGAGAGUACGGAACCAUUCAAGCGCGGCCGCUGGGUAUGCAUGGAUUACCUGGAUCAUAGUACUUUACAGGCUUCGCCAAAGGAAGGGGGUGCCGGACCCGCAUCUUCCGGUGAAGGAGAAACGUCGACUACUUCUACGGUCGUCGAUUCCAACUCCAUUCGAACUCAGGACAGCGGAGUGGUGCUAAACGAAACCUACGGAGCAAAUGCGGCCUCCAAUGCGGUUGACGGCGAUAAUUCUGACUAUCAUACUCAUCUAGCUGCCAGCGUCCCAGCUAGCUCUAUCAUAGGUCUACUGAACAAUGAAUCUCCCGGGCAAAGUCUUAACCUAACCCAACCGGCAACGAUCGGAACGCCCGGUGGCGGCGGUGGAACCAUUCCUCAAUCUCAACAAACUACUAGUCAUGCUCAAUCUUCAGCAGUGCCGCAUAGUUUACCGCAGGCCCAACUUCAGAACGCUCUGGCCGGUGCUGUCGCCGGGGGCAAUGGGGCCCAAGGACAAUCCCAAUACUAUCCACAUACCAUGUCCAACAUGGCGGACAUAACUCAGCAGCAGCCACAGCACCAUCAACAUGGCGUUACUCUGCCCAGCAACAUUCAGAUGCAGCCUCCGCAGCAAACCAACAGCCCAGCUUCCGUAUCCUCGUCUACCGCCGUUCUUCCGCCAGCGGGUUCCGUCCCGCCGCCGACUACAUCACAGGAAAUGAACAUUGUCAUCGCAAAUCCUCAACACUCGCAACCCCAACAAACGAGCUUCCCCUCUCCCCAGCAGUUUCAGCAACAGACCUCCCAAACCAACUCUCCGGUCGUGGCCAGCAUCGGCGACCCAGUCCCCGCGGCGGACUCGAUUAUCCUUUCGCCAUCUUCUUCCAUGGCUGCUGCGACUGCCGGCACAGUUUCGACCACAUCGACGGUCGUCACCUCCGGACCCGAUUCCAUUCCGGCGGCAGUUUCGUCCGAGCCACUUGUAACUCCUUCGGCGUCGACCACGUCAUCGCCGGUCACGGCCACCGCCGUCAACAGCGACAGCAGCGCUCCAGCAAUUUCUUCAAUGGCCAGUUCUACGCCCACUUCGGCAGCUACGGCGGCCACCGUCAGUUCCCCGUCGGUGCCGAGCACUUCCGGCGCCGGCGCCGCCACCACCAGCAGCAAUCACCACGCUUCGAUAACAGCUGCUGCCGCCGCCGCCGCUGCAGUUGAUCAUCUCUCGGAGUCAAAUCUGUUGUCGGCCGUGGCGGGAAUCACCGCCGCAGCAGUUGCCGGAACCGGCGAGGAUGGCGAAAAGACCGGCGAAGACGGAGAAAGCUCGGGCCGGAUACAACCGGUAGCAGCGGCGUCGACCGACUGGAUUGGGCUGGACUUUCCACCGGCUGAACCGAAUCGCGCAGGCGACUCGAUGACCGAUCAGCAGGCUGGCAUCCGACUACCACUGCCCCUAUCGUUGACCAGUAGUCUCCAGCGAGAUCUACAGCAGAAUAUACCACUAGAUCGAACUAGAAUUCCCAGUAGUAACGCUAGUAGUAGUACUUCCAAAAAUACCAUCUACACCGACAUUGCCCUCGGUCGAUCCAUACAAAACGUAAUGCGUCCAUCGUCGAUCGGUGGCACCCGCUUUCCCGUGGCUUCGCCCUCGCCAUCCCAGCCGGAAUACCACCAUCACCAGGAUGAAGUGCUUUGCAAAACUGCUUCCAAUUUUUUGAAAAGCGGCGGUAACAGCCACAGUAUUGCCAGCUGCACCGCCCAUUACCCACACAAAUGUGUUCAAGACUUGAUCAAGGAGGAACUGGGCGCGUACGGCGGAAUGACCGGUCCCGGACAUCUCAGCAACGCCGGCAGUCUGGUGAACAUUCACAUCGAAUCGGACUUCGCCCAGUACGGAGGCAGCCCGGGAACCGUCGGUGGAUUUCAGUCCAAUCCUGGCUCCGGACGGACCAGCCCGUCGCACCAGAUGUUCCACGGAUCACCCCCGAAGCAUCUCAGCGCCAUUGGCCACUCGAUAAGCAUACCAAACAGUACCCGAGUUAGCCGAGCUCCGUCGCCGUCGUUCCUGCACGCAGUCGCAGCCGGAGACCAUCCAAGGUAUGUACUGACGGCUGGAGUUUAGUGUAUGGAUAAUCUUCAUCUAUUCUUUUGUACCGGAUAUGUUGUUGUUUUGUGCUACAAUCAUGGUUGUAGGAUCGUACGUAUUUUCAUCUUUUCUCGA